UAUAGCAAGAUGGGUAAACCCAAACACGACCCGCCAACCCCCACGUUUCCGUACAAGAUAUCAAAACGGUUGAACCUCAUGAGCGUGGCUCGGCCUUCGUUCACCGUGUCUGAUGAGGGCAUGCCGGCCUACACGCCGCGCGGCGUCAGGGCGUCGGCGCUCCGCGGACGGAUGUCGGAGCGGAUCAACGAAGCUGCUUGGCCGUAUAUACGCCGCCUCCUUCUCCUCAAACGCAUGUACAAGCACAUGUUCUCCACCGAGCGCCUCGAACGUAUCGACCGCAUGAUCGAGCUAACUAACAGCACCGCCUACUCCAAGCUAGCUGGCUGCGUCAUCGACCUCAAGACCAAGGACAAGAAGGAACCGAAGAAGAAGAGGGGUUGGAGCGAGACAGAGUGGAAGAAACAUAUGGACUAUAUCUCGCAGAUCGCGUAUCCGAGGAAGGACUAUACUGUGGAGGUUCCUAGGCGCGGCCAGAGAUGCAAGUUGGAGCAACUGCUGCCGCGCAUCAACAUGAUAGCCAUGAUGCCGGAGUACAAGAUGUACCGUCGGCCCUCGCAGGAGUCCAACUACAGGGACCCCACCAAGGUACCGCCCAAGGCCCUCACAUACGUCAUCUCAGACCGAGUAAAGAUACUUGCCAAGCCCAGAGCAAUACCGACAGGCGAUUAAACCAUCCUGUCUGAGCAGGAUAGCACAUACGGACUGUCAAGGAGAGUAAAGAAGACGGCAGCAUUCCAAGUGGUACCGACUAGCAACU